UAUUGACAGGCGAAAGGUCUAAUCCCAAAAGGCUGGCGUCCGAGAAAAUAAAAUUGAAAACUAAAAAUUGAAACCGAGUCAUAGUGAUAGGACGGCAGCCUAACAGCAAAUAAAAUGGCUCAAGUACAAUUGAAUGCCGCCAAUGUGCAAAGCAAUGGAAAUAAUAACAUGGACGACAAUGAACCCUACCAAAUCAGCGACACCGACUUGGAUGACUUGGACGACGAUUGCCUGCUGGAGGAGGCUGAGCUGCCUGGCGGCGCCAACAGCCUGGGACGUGGCCCAUACGAGCGGGCCUGGACCACAGAUGCCACUCGAGCCCUCAUCCACAUACGCGGCCCCAUGGAGGGCAACUUCACGGAGGGCAGGCAGAAGCGAACCGCCCUCUGGCUGCACUGCACCCGCCAACUGCAGCGUCUGGGAUUCCGUUACAGUGCCGCCAAGGUGCAGAAGAAGUGGCACAACAUCCUCAUCACGUACAAUAAGAAUCUGACCAAGAAGUAUGUGUCCGGCUAUGUCCACUGGGAGUUCUUCGAGGAGAUGUUCAAGUACUUGCAAGGCAAGAAGGCGGACAUGUCCCAGCAGUCGAAUCCGGCGCCACAGCCACAGCCACAGCAGACACAGGUCCAACCACCGAACCAGCAGGAACAGCAGCAGCAGCCGCUGCAGCAACAGCAGCAGCCACUGCAACCACAACAACAGUUACAAAUGCAACUGCAGAAGCCGCAAGCAGAACUGGGCAUAUUCCAGGCAACGCCCGUAACCCCACAAAUCACGCUGCAAUUGAAGGAGGGACAGGGACAGGGACAGGGACAGCCGUACCUUACGCCGGUGGAUCAGGUGCUGUUGCAGGAGCAAAUGAAUCUGGACAGCAAGUCCAAUGACGAGUUCGACGAGGACAGCAGCAACAGUCUGUCGGAAGUGCGUGAACCGAAGCUCGAGUACGAUGCGGAUCAGGAGCAGGCCGCCGAGGCGGAGCGCACCAACGACAGCAGCCAGCAGCAGCUGGAGACCACCAACGGAAAGAUGUUCGACAUGGCCCCGUCGCAUGGCCAGGCACUGACGGACAACAUCUGGUGGAAGGACUACUUUGAGCGCAAGCUCGACGUGGAGCGCGAGAAAAUUGAUCUGCAGCGCAGCAUGCAGCGGGAGCAGGUGCAGAUCCAGAAGAUGUCCAUGGUGCAGCAGGAGCGAAUCGAGCGCAUGAAAAUCGACGCCAUAAACAGUCUGACUGGGACCCUGCAGAAACUCGUGGAGGCCAAGUGCCGGCGUGCAUAGAUCCUUCUUCCUAUUCUUCCUAGCUCUAUCCGUAAUUGAUGUGUAGCCUCCUUCUGAGCGUAUCCUGGUCAUGUGGAAAUACAAUUUCGGCAAACUAUCAAGUACGAUGCAUC